CGAUAAUUAACCAAUCACAUUCACUAUUAUAUUUUCAUGAGUGUCUGAAUUGACUUCCGGUUGAACGAAAAAUACAAAAAUGUUGAUAAAAGUGAAGACUUUGACGGGAAAGGAGAUCGAGAUUGACAUUGAGCCAACAGACAAGGUUGAGCGCAUCAAAGAACGAGUUGAAGAGAAGGAAGGCAUUCCUCCUCCACAACAACGGCUGAUUUUCAGCGGAAAACAGAUGAACGAUGAGAAGACUGCGCAAGACUACAAAGUGACAGGCGGAUCUGUGUUACAUCUCGUAUUGGCCCUUAGAGGAGGUGUAUGAUUGGACAAAAUGUGUGGAUGAUCGUGUUCCGAUUAACUGUAUAAUAAAGGAGUAAUUGUGCUGUUGGGAGAUAAAGAUUGUAGUAGUGCAUUAAAUUCUGUCAUAAAAUAUUCAAAUGUUUAUUUGUGGAUAAUAAGGCAGAUAAAGGUACUAACCUGUUUAAAAUAUUAAAAGUGCACACAAUAUUGCUGUGCGGCUAUUGAAAUUGAAGCAUUCUUUUCUUGAAUUAGUGUAUCUAAUGUUAGCUGCUUGCAAUAAAGCAUGUGUGUUAGAUUGAAGAAUUAUGAAAAUUGGUGAAAUGUGAGACUUUUUGGUAAGAGAAAACUUAAAAAUAAAAUUUAAGACAGUGAUAAGUACUAAGGAAUUAAGAAGUGCUUUCUCUUUUUCUGUCUGAUCAGUAUUAUUUUUCUCAGAUGCGGAUGUUGUUUUUAAUAAAAAUAUGAAUUUAAUGUAACAUGCAAAGCAACAUUCAAUAUUAAAAAAAAUGAAGAAAAAGACAAUAUACCCAUAAAAAUUGUAUGAUUUCUAUCGACUUGAAUGAUGGAUGACUUCACUGAAUAACUAGACUUACUUCAAUGAUAGAUGACUUUUCUGAAUAACUUGUUUCACUUCAAUGAUGGAUGACAUUUCUGAAUAACAAAACUUGCUUCAAUUAUGGAUGACUUUUCUGAAUAACUAGACUUGCUUCAAUGGUAGAUGACUUUUCUGAUUAACUAGACUCGCUUCAUUGAUAUGACUUUACUGAAUAACUAGACUUGCUUCAUUGAUGGAUGACUUUUCUGAUUAUCUAGACUUGCUUCAAUGAUGGAUGACUUUUCUGAAUAACUAGACUUGCUUCAAUUAUGGAUGACCUGACUGAAUAACUAGACUUACUUUAAUUAUGGUUGACCUGACUGAAUAACUAGACUUGCUUUAAUGGUCGAUGACUUUUCUGAAUAACUAGACUUGCUUCAAUGAUAGAUGACUUUUCUGAAUAACUAGACUUGCUUCAAUGAUGGAUGACUUUUCUGAAUAACUAGACUUGCUUCAAUUAUGGAUGACCUGACUGAAUAACUAGACUUACUUUAAUUAUGGAUGACCUGACUGAAUAACUAGACUUGCUUUAAUGGUGGAUGACUUUUCUGAAUAACUAGACUUGCUUCAAUGAUAGAUGACUUUUCUGCAUAACUAGACUUGCUUCAAUGAUGGAUGACUUUUCUGAAUAACUAGACUUGCUUCAAUUAUGGAUGUCAUGACCUGACUGAAUAACUAGACUUACUUUAAUUAUGGAUUACCUGACUGAAUAACAAGACUUGCUUUAAUGGUGGAUGACUUUUCUGAAUAACUAGACUUGCUUCAAUUAUGGAUGACCUGACUGAAUAACAAGACUUGCUUCAAUGAUGGAUGACUUUUCUGAAUAACUAGACUUGCUUCAAUAAUAGAUGACUUUUCUGAAUAACUAGACUUGCUUCAAUGAUAGAGGACUUUUCUGAAUAACAAGACUUGCUUUAAUUAUGGAUGACCUGACUGAAUAACUAAAUUUGCUUUAAUUAUGGAUGACUUUUCUGAAUAACUAGACUAAUGUUAAUGAUGGAUGACUUUCAGUGAAUGGCUGUUGUUGUAAUUGAUAAUGCUUUCUGUGUCAUACUUAUGUACUGUAUUUAAAUGUCCUGCGUUUUUAAGUUGAUAUUAAACAAUCCACUUGGUA